UCCAUUCCUCAUAUUGGCAGGGCUUUUAAUGAGACGUUAACCGAUUGAUCAAAGCUGUGCUGUGUUCCAUAUUUGUCUGUUUUACUUUUGCUGGAAAAAUGAUGCGUUUAUACGUCCAGAAAUAUUUAUAAGGAUUUCGAAGUGCUUUGUUUCUCCACUAAAAAUAAAUGAAGCUAGCAUAGAGAGUGACUCACCGAGGUCAAGUGAGGUCUUUCUUGCUAUAUCGGUCAAAAUGAUUUGAACAUACUUAAAGCCUCAUUAAACCUGCAGGACUCGGAGAGAUUCCACGUGCUCAUAUUAACACAUUUGUUUUCCAGCAUUUUUCCAUUGUAACCUUUCUUUUAAAUAUUUGAUGCUUGAUUACAGAUAAUGUGUUCUUAAUGGGAAUCGGCUGAUUAGACCUCAUUUCCUCUCUUCUGUUGUCUUGCGUGUCUCAGGAGCUGGUUGCUGCGGGCAUGCAGUUGUCAUGUGUCCUCUCCAUAAACAGGAGCCUCUGGAACUCCUGUGUGAAACGUGCGACCUCUUGGCCUGUAACAUCUGUCACCUGUCCGCCCACAAAGACCAUCGACUGGUGCAUGUUGGGAAGGCUCUGCAAGACCAGCGCUGGCUCCUGCAGAACCUCAUGGCCCGAGUGGAGGAGAAGAGAUCUGCUGUGGAGAGCACCGCUAAACAGAUCCAGGGCAGGCUCCAUGGUAUAAAGAUCACGCAGAGGAAGGCAGAGAACCAGAUAAAAAUGGCUAAGAUGAUUAUGAUGAACGAGCUUAACAAACGGGCCAACCUAUUAAUAGAACAACUAGAGAGUAUUUCCAGUGAUUUCAAGCAGCGUCUGGAGGACCAGCUGCAGGGGGCCAUAGAGCUGUGCAGCCAGCUGGAGCACGUGAGGAACUUCAUUACCUGGGCUACAGCCCACCACAGACGCAAUCCACUGCUAUUCAGCAAAGAGCUGAUUGCUCUUCAGAUGCAGCAGUUAUUGGAGCCACUGAUGCUCUCAGAGGCUUGGACCCCGUUGAAAAUCAAGUUUAACUGGGAUGCCAGCUUCUGGACCAAGCAGAUGUCCACUUUAGGUCAACUUGUUGUUGAAGGUGGAAGUCGUCCAUACCCAGAGGUUGUGGGUCAUCCCAGUAUCCUGCGACCCCAGACUGUCCAAUGCAUAGCAAUGCCUCCUCUGUGCCAUGGGGUGCGGGAACCUGGCUGCGCCUGCCAGACCUUCUGCCAGCCUCCGCUCUGCUGUCUUCACUGCAGACCUACUCAAUCCGUCCCUUUGGAUAAAUUCCCUUCCCAGUGUCCUCAGGCCGCCAGGCAGAGCUCCCCGCCAUCUCUUCACAGCUGCUGGGAGGCUGAUGCAUCUGUCCAGGUGCAUCCACCUGGAGCUCACCCUGGAUCUGACACCGUCCAGCAUGGAACCAGCUCCGCUUCACUUCGACAGCCUGUUGGAGCCAACAACCACCCGUUGCCUGAGCCUCUCCUUGCUAGUUCCAACCAGGCUGCCAUGAAUGGGAGAAACUCUGCACUAGGCCAGCCUCCCUGUGAAAGAGGACACACAUCUGCACCCCAAGCAGCUACAGGUCAAGAAGCAUCAUCAGACAAAGAACUGCCACACGUCCGUAAUCAGGCUCAAGUGCAGAUGACCACAGAAACCAGCAACCAGCCCAUGAUUGAACUGCAGCCUAUCAUUGCUCGCGUCAAUGACGACAGGAGAUCCUCGGCGCUGGAGAUGUUCACACGGGCUCAAGGCCGAGGAGAUGACGGCCAGAAACGUUCCAGUUCGAAGAGGGCGACCAGGUCUCAGAGCACCUCAAAAGGACCCAGAGGACCUCGUAAAAGGCUCUGUAAAGACAGGCCACCCAGGGCUGCUCAUAGCCUGGCAACAGUGGCUGGGGACCAGGGAUGCACAACGCAGCAGCAGAUCUGUGCACGACUCGAUGCUUCUGAGAUGAUCAUAGGACAUAUAAACAGUCACACUGCAUCCUCUCUGACCACCUACAAGUCUGAACCAGAUCAUGUAUAUGCAUAUGCCUAUGAAAACAGAAGGCUGAAAACCAGAAAGAGGAAAAGACAAGAUCCAGACACCAGUGAUAAAGAAGCCCCAGAUGGUUCGAAGGUUCCAGUUGUGUGUCUUGAGCGACUCAAGAUCCUAGUGUCACGACAUCCACCACAGAACCAUCAGAGCACAGACCUUUCUUCUCAAACAGAGCCUGGACUCAAACCUGAAGAAACUGUCUUCAGGGUGCUAGAGAGAAAGGUUACUUCUCAGGGAACUUUGGAUAAGGAGUCAGUUCAGACAGAGGACAGCAUGUCGCCCAUAGAGCAGCUAUCACCAGAACAUCUGCCUAGCAGUGAAUCAUCUGGCUCACUUGACGUCUCUCAGCCUCCUGUGCAAGAAUUUUGCAACAUAAACCAAGAGUCCAGGGUACUAGCCAUCUCCAAUGAUUUAGACCCUAUCUUACAACCUGACACAGAAGAAAUAAACUCCCCAUCUGAGCUCAAAUCAGUGACAGGUUCUGAUUUCCAAACUGAAUCCACAAGAGAGGCUGAAGCAGAUGCAGAUGUGGAAUCAGAGCUCCUGCAGGAAUCAGAUCCGAGCGCUGAAUCCGAACUGCAGUUCGAAUGUGAAUCGGAAUAUAUUUCAGAGCAGCCUCCUGAAUUGGUGCUCUCGGCUUCUGAACAGGAAUUUGAAUCGGAUCCAGAUUCCACGGCCGAAGUUACUCUGAAUCUUGAACCAGAUUCUGAAUGGGAAGCGGAGCAGCCGGUUCUUCCACCUACCGCCGGCUCCGAGACUGUAUCAGAUCCUGCCGUUGAACGUCAAUCUGCAGAGGAAAGCCCUGAGAUAGAGAAUGAAGACUUCUGUGCAGUCUGUCUCAUCGGAGGAGACCUUCUCUGCUGUGAUCGUUGCCCCAAAGUCUUUCACCUGUCAUGCCAUGUCCCUCCUCUCCAUAGUUUCCCCAUAGGCGACUGGAUUUGCACCCUGUGCAGGGAUGUGGAGCAGCCAGAGGUGGAAUCUAACUGUGAGAAUGACCAGAUGUCCACGGGUUUGCUGCCACAUGGGCUGUCUGCGUGUGACCAGAGGAAAUGCGAGAAGUUGACGCUGCUGAUCCUCAGCAACAUUCUCAGCGCUCCGUUCCACGAGCCUGUUAGCCCUCUGGCCCGUCAUUAUUAUCAGAUCAUCAAGAAACCCAUGGAUUUGUCUGUCAUUCGGAACAGGCUCAGCAGGACCAGCAACACACACUAUCGCUCCCCGCAAGAGUUUGUGGCUGAUGUCCUGCUCAUGUUCAAAAACUGUGCCAAGUUCAACUACCCGGACUCAGAGGUGGCUCAGGCAGGCCAUAGUCUACAGUCCUUUUUCACAUCCAAACUGAGGGAGGUUUUCCCAGAUCUGACCUGCCCUGUCCAGGUGGAGGAGGAGGAGGAGGACUCAGACAAUGAGGAUUAUGAGGAGCUGGAGAGAGCUAUGGCGACUGGAUUUCCCUGGCCUGAGAGAAAAGAGCAGAGCCACAGGAAGAGGAAGAGAAGGCACUCCCUCAACUGGAGGAGAACUCACUAUUAGUUUUGCCUCUAUAAAUAUGUACAGAGACUUUUGACCUACUCGCUUUGAGUUUUCCAUCCUGGGCGACUUG